AAGCCAAAUAAUACGACCAAUGCGUUUGGUAAAGAUACUAACAAGUUGUUAAAAGCCCGUAACCCCACAUAUAUGCCAACUACUAAAGAAUAAGAGAUAGAGGCGUGGCCCUCUAUACAAAACGGCAACCAAUAAGGUCGUUCCGUUCGCUUCCCUUUUCUCACCCUAUGUACUGGUAGCCGUAUCGCCAACCCUCGUCCCCCUGUUAAGUAGCCGAAUGGUUUUUACAAUCGUUCUCUGUAUGAUAAACUCCAUCUCGUAACAGUCGACCACAUGUGCACUGUAGAAACACAUCAAUUGAUAUUGCAGCACAGUGUUGUUUCGCCAGCUAAAAUAAUCAAUCAAAUUAAUUAAUCAUAUUAAUUACCUCUGUCGUAGUUACUGUAAACGUGAAACAUUAAAUUAUGUCACGGUCCGAUGUUGAAGAAGACUCGUGCCCCAGAGUACGGUACUCGGCGAGCCCAUUAGAUUUGAAACAAAAACCUACAAGCGACUCUCCGUCAAAGUCGAAGAAAACUUCAUUUUGUAUAGAAGCGUUGCUAGGCCACCGCGAAGUUUCGCGUAAGACAUCAUUGACCGCGUCAUCAGACUGUUCGUCUACUCCUUGUUCGAGCCGUAGUGCUUCGAUAUCUCCAGGACCGGAACAACAAUUCGGCUAUGAAGGUAAACACAGCGACGAGAACGAUGCGAUUUCGACUACAACAAUGCGAUCAUUAACUUACAAUUCCAACUACUUGAAAUCCGACUUUCCGAUCACUUCCUCGGCUGCCGACGUUUUGUCCCGCGAUCAUAGACGGAAUGGUGGUUUUGGAUUUAUUCACGGAUCUUCAGCAUUCCAGCCAUUACCUCGUAUAGAUACGAACAUCAAUAAUUCGCCGAGCUCAACAAUCGCAACAGUUUCGGCAACAACUACAAAUCCCAAUCGUUCCAAUGUUUCUGCUGGCCAAUUACAACAGAUGCAACUUGAGUGGUUUGCUAGAGCGGGAAUGUUUUACGCUGGACCUAGAUUACACGAUUUAACAGGUCCACAUCCACACACUUUACUGGGGAAGACAAGACGGCCAAGAACUGCAUUCACUAGUCAGCAGCUUCUAGAGUUGGAAAAACAAUUCAGACAAAACAAAUAUUUAUCCAGACCUAAAAGAUUCGAGGUGGCUACAAAUUUAAUGCUCACUGAAACUCAAGUAAAAAUUUGGUUUCAAAAUCGCCGAAUGAAGUGGAAACGUAGUAAAAAAGCUCAGCAAGAAGCUAAAAUAUCUUCGCGAGAUGAUACGGCGUUGGAAAAACGAGGAACCGUAAAUAUUCGUACAUGCGGCACUGGGAGUAAUGAUCUACAAAGUAACCCUAACAUCAGAUCUCCCGAAGAAUCUCGCAUAAAAAUAGACUGCCCGACAUCUUCCGCUGCCACAACAAUUCAAACUCAAUCUCAUCACAAUUCUACUGCUCAACUAAACCAUAAUUAUCACACUUUAAAUAAUAUUAGAUCGCAUGAGCAAGACGGCAAUUGCGAGUCAUUAUACAGACCGUACGUAUCAUAACAGACUUUCGAGUAAGUUUGUUAAUUGUUUUGUGCAUAAAAUUCCAACAAAAAUUAUAACAACUUUGCCAUUUUGUAUUAUAGCUAUUAUUAACUGGUUUUAAUUAUUUUAUAAUUAAAUAAAUUGAUCAAAUUCAUAUACAUUAUACAUAAUAUUAUAUUGUUUUUUUAUAUAUAUCAUAAUAUUGUACUAUUGAGUAAAAUAAUAAUUUAAUAACAUAAUAAUUUAUUAACAAGAAAAUUAUAAAGUAAUGUAUUCAACACAUUUCUAAACAUUUAGAAUUUUAUUUGGAAAAAACUAUAUUUAAGAACAUAUAAGUAUAAUACCUACCUAAAUAUUUUUAAUUUUAUGUAAUGAAUAUUAAUCUGGAUUUCCAGUAAUAUAUUUAUUUGUAAUAAUCGUCUGAAAUCGUUAUCAUGAUUCAUAAUACGAUACACACAUUGUGUAUACUCAUAUUAUAAUAAAAUAUUGUUAUUUACCAAGUAUAUUUACUUUUACAUAAGUUUAAUGUUCUUUAAUAAUAUCGUAUAUUAUUUAUUUUAGUUUUACGAGAGAGAUAAUUGUAUGUUUUUGUGUGACUGUUUUUAUUCAUACUCACUACCUACUAAUUUAAUAUUACUAUGAAAUAUUUUAAUAAUAGAUAAUAUGAAAUAUAUUUAAUGAAUAAAUGAUAGUACUCAAUCAAAAUCUGAAAAUUGUAUAAGUGCACGCUU